AUGACGACGAGGCGGUGGCAGAGGUCCACUGGAAGGUCACAGGGGGGGCCGUCCGUGUGGUGGCUGAUGAUGGCCGCCGCCACCGUGGCGUUAACGGUGACGACGAGCGCCGCCCUGGAGUUUGAGGGCGUGCCGGGCCAGUGGGCGCGCUACCCGCCGUGGGAGGCGGGCGCGUCAGGCGAGCUGAGCUUCACGCUGAAGACCAACGUCUCCAAGGCCGUGCUGCUGUACCUGGACGACGGCGGCAACUGCGACUUCCUGGAGCUGCUCAUCGCCGACGGCCGCUUGCAGCUGCGCUUCGCCAUCCACUGCGGCGAGCCGGCGACCCUGCACAUGGAGACGCGCGUCAGUGACCGCCGCUGGCACCGCGUGCUGCUGGCGCGCAACUACCGCGAGACCCGGCUGGUGGUGGACGCGGAGGCUAAAGUGACCGAGGCUAAGUCCAAGCGCAGCGAGAUGGUGGUGGCCAGCGACUUGUUUGUGGGCGGCAUCCCGCCCGACGUGCGCCUCUCCGCCCUCACCUCCAGCACGGUCAAGUACGAGCCGCCCUUCCAGGGCAUGAUCGUCAACCUGAGGCUGGGGGAAACGCUGCCCGCACUGCUGGACAGCCAGGGGGUCAUCGACGACCUGGAGUACCUGUGCACCAAGCAGAACCCCUGCAGCAACGGCGGCCAUUGCUCCAUCCACGAGGGGGAGGCGCUGUGCGACUGCUCCAGCACCGGGUACCAGGGACGCUACUGCACCGACGCUCUCCAGCGGGUGUUUGAAGGUCUGGCGCACCUGAAGUUACAGAGCCGAGCUCCGGGACCGGCAGCCUCGUUCUCCUCCGCCUCCGCCGAAGAGAAGAGACAUGGGGAGGUCGACUCGGUGGCGACGUUCAAGGGCAACGAGUUCUUCAGCUACGACCUGUCGGUGAACCCCAUCGCCAGCAGCAUGGACGAGAUCACGCUGGCCUUCCGCACGCUGCAGAGGAACGGCCUGCUGCUCCACACCGGCAAGGCGGUGGACUAUGUGAACCUGUCCCUGAAGAGCGGCGCCGUCUACCUGGUCAUCAACCUGGGCUCGGGCGCCUUCGAGGCCAUGGUGUCGCCCGCCGAGGGCAAGUUCAAUGACAACCAGUGGCACCAGGUGCACGUGCGGCGCGACCUGCGACAGGUCACCAUCUCUGUGGACGGGCUGCUGACCACCACGGGCUACACGCAGGAGGACUUUGUGAUGCUGACCUCGGACGACAUCUUCUUCAUCGGAGGCAGCCCCAACACGGCUGACUUGCCCGGCUCGCCUAUCAGCAACAACUUUAUGGGCUGCUUGAAAAAUGUGGUGUACAAAAACAGCGACUUCUGGCUGGAGCUCUCGCGAUUAGCCGAAAGCCGCGACCCCAAGGUCACGCUGCACGGUGACCUGGCCUUCCGCUGCGAGGAUGUGGCGGCGCUGGACCCCAUCAGCUUCGACACGCCGGGGGCCUACGUCACGCUGCCCAAGUGGACCACCAAGAAGACCGGCGCCAUCUCCUUUGACUUCCGCACUACGGAGCCCAUUGGCCUGCUGCUCUUCAGCCACGGCCGGGAUCCCAAGUCUCCGGCUGGGACGGUGGCGGCGGCGGCGGCAGGGGCAGGGGCGGCACCGGGGAUGGCACCACGAGCUGACUUCUUCGCUAUGGAACUGCUGGAUGGAUUCCUCUACCUCCUUCUGGACAUGGGCUCGGGAUCCAUCAAGGUCAAAGCCAGUGCCAAGAAGGUGAACACCGGGGAGUGGUGCCAUGUUGACUUCUACCGGGAGGGCCGCAGAGGCUCUAUCUCGGUGAACGGCCACAGCACUCCCUUCUCCGCCAACGAGGGCAGCGAGGUGCUGGACCUGGACGGCAGCCUGUACCUGGGGGGCGUGCCGGGGGAGUGGCUGGGCCAGGGCCUGCCCAUGCCCCCGGAGGUCUGGACGGCCUCGCUGCACCUGGGCUUCGUGGGCUGCGUGCGGGACCUCUUCAUCGACGGCCAGAGCCGCGACCUGCGGCGGCUGGCCGAGCUCCAGAGCGCCCCCGGCGUGAGCGGGUUCUGCACGCGCGAGACCCACCGCCGGUGCGGCGCUGGCGCGGGGGUGGCGAGUAGCAGCAGCGCGGGAGAGCCCUGCGCGCACGGAGGACGCUGCACGGAGGGCUGGAACCGGCACGUGUGCGACUGCACCGGCACUGGAUACCUGGGGGGCAACUGCGAAACGGAAGCGGCGGUGAUCAGCUACGACGGCAGCAUGUUCCUGAAGGUGGCCAUGGCGGAGGCGCUGCACACGGAGGCGGAGGACGUGGCCCUGCGCUUCCUCUCCCAGCGCGCCUUCGGCCUGCUGCUGGCCACCACCUCCCGCGAGUCCGCCGACACCCUGCGCCUCGAGCUGGAGAGGGGACGCGUCAAGCUCACCGUCAACUUAGAUUGUAUCGGGAUAGGCUGUACCGUUAGUAAGGGGCCGGAGACUCUGCUGGCGGGCCACAAGCUGAAUGAUAAUGAGUGGCACUCCGUCAAGGUGGUGCGCCGGGGGAAGAGCCUUCAGCUCUCCGUGGACAAUGAGACUGUGGAGGGCCAAAUGACCGGCGCGCACACGCGGCUGGAGUUCCACAACAUUGAGACGGGCAUCAUGACGGAGCGUCGCUUCAUCUCCGUCCUGCCCUCCAACUUCAUCGGACACCUGCAGGGCCUUUCCUUCAACGGCGUCCCUUACCUGGACCAGUGCAAGAACGGCGACAUCUCCUACUGCGAGCUCAACGCCCACUUCGGCGCUCAGCCCAUCAUCGUAGCUGACCCGGUGACGUUCCGCUCGCGGCCCAGCUACGUGGCGCUCAGCACGCUGCAGGCCUACGCCUCCAUGCACCUCUUCUUCCAGUUCCGCACCGCCACGCCCGACGGCCUGUUGCUCUUCAACUCCGGAGACGGCAGCGACUUCAUCGUGGUGGAGCUCGUCAAGGGGUACAUCCACUACGUGUUUGAUUUGGGCAACGGGCCGUCGCUCAUGAAGGGCUACUCGGAGAAGCCUCUCCAUGACAACCAGUGGCACAGCGUGGUGAUCUCCCGUGAUGACGGCAACGUCCACACGCUGAAGAUUGACACCCGCACCGUCACACAGCACUCCAAUGGAGCACGCAAUCUGGAUCUCAAAGGAGAGCUGUAUAUCGGUGGAGUGGCAAAGAACAUGUACGGCUCCCUUCCCAAGCUGAUCGCAUCGCGGGACGGCUACCAGGGCUGCCUGGCCUCGGUGGACCUGAACGGGAGACUGCCUGACCUGAUUGCGGAUGCCCUGCACAAAGUGGGGCAGGUGGAGCGGGGAUGCGAUGCUGGUCCGGGCACCACCUGUAUGGAGGACUCCUGUGCUAACCAGGGUGUGUGCCUGCAGCAGUGGGAAGGCUUCUCCUGCGACUGCACCAUGACCACCUUCGGAGGCCUCUACUGCAGUGAACCUGGAACCACCUACAUUUUCGGGAAAGGCGGGGCCCUGAUCACGUACACCUGGGCGCCCAACGAGCGGCCGAGCACGCGAGCGGACCGGCUGGCGGUGGGCUUCAGCACGCAGCAGCGAGACGCCAUCCUGGUGCAGGUGGAGAGCACCGCAGGCCUGGGAGACUACCUGCAGCUGCACAUAGAAGAGGGAAAAAUAGGAGUAAUAUUCAACGUCGGGACCGACGACAUCACGAUCAACGAACCUGCCGUCACGGUGUCGGACGGGAAGUACCAUGUGGUGCGAUUCACGCGCAGCGGUGGCAAUGCCACUCUCCAGGUGGACAACCAGCCAGUCAUUGAGCGGUUCCCUGCAGGGAACUAUGAUAAUGAACGGCUGGCUAUUGCUAGACAAAGAAUCCCAUACAGGCUUGGUCGGGUAGUUGACGAGUGGCUACUCGACAAAGGUCGCCAGCUGACCAUCUUCAACAGCCAGGCGGCCAUUAAGAUCGGCGGCCAGGAUAAGGGCCGCCCCUUCCAGGGCCAGAUCUCGGGCCUGUACUACAACGGGCUGCAGGUGCUGAAGCUGGCGGCCGAGGGCGACCAGAACGUACGCGUGGAGGGCAAUCUGCGGCUGGUGGGCGACGCGCCCUCCGUCGCCGUGGUCUCCCCGGAGACCACCUCGGCCACGCCCCCGGCCGCCGCCGACAUGUCCACCACCAUCAUGGAGACUACCACCACCAUGGCGACGACCACCACUCGCCGCACACGCUCCCCUAGCCUCAAGGACACCAUCACACAGGUUAGUCACUCGGAUGACCUGUUGGUGGCAUCGGCCGAGUGCCCGAGUGACGACGAGGACCUGGAGGAGUGUGAGCCUGGCACAGGAGGUGACUUAGUGAUACCUAUAUUGACCGUGGACUCCCAAGAUGCCCAGUCUGGCAUCACGUAUUACCCAGCCAUCCCCUCGCCCCCCACCUCCCUGACCCCCCUCCAGACCACCAAAGAGUCCCAGCAGGCUCUGCCCGACCCACGGCUGCCCUGCCCUCCCGACCAGGAGGACUGUGGCGAGCCCAUGGAGGUCUCGGCCUUCGGCUCGGGCGAGAUGACCGAGUUUGACGACGAGGACUUUUACAAAAACGCCCCCCACACCGACAGGACGGUCCUCCCCCCUCCGCCGGCCGCGGCCGAGGGCGGGGUGCAGCACCAGCCCCCCGCGCCCCCCGCCCCGGGUCCCACCAGCAACCCUGAGCAGCUGCACAUCCCGGCGGGCAAGAUGAACACCCGCGACCAGAUGCUGCUGCCCCCCGCCCCGCCGGCGGCGCCCGGGGCCUCCCGCCACACCCCGCCCCUGCUGGGCCCGGGCCUCACUCACCCACCCGAUUUCCCCCGUGUGUCCACAGCGCAGCCCACGGCGAACGGCCGCGACAGGAACCCGCCCGGCGUGGCCGAGGUGAUCCGCGAGUCCAGCAGCACCACCGGCAUGGUGGUGGGCAUCGUGGCGGCGGCCGCCCUCUGCAUCCUCAUCCUGCUCUACGCCAUGUACAAGUACCGCAACCGCGACGAGGGCUCCUACCAGGUGGACCAGGGCCGCAACUUCAUGGGCAACCCGGCCGCCGACAGCAACGGUUCCGUGGUGAAGGAGAAGACGACGGGCGGCGGCACCACUGCAGCCGUGGCCAAGACCGGCACCGGCAAGAGCAAAAAGAACAAAGAUAAGGAGUACUAUGUCUGAGAGCGAGCGAUAGGGAGGGAGAGAGAGAGAGAGAGAGGGAGGGAGAAAGGCAGGGAAGGAGGGAGGGAGAGACAGGAGGGCUGGAGAGGAGGAGAUAGUGGUCAGGGCAAUUACAGCACAUUCAUU